GCCGGGAAACACGUCAGUGAUCUCUUUGAAGACUUCCGUGAUGGCCACAAUCUCAUAUCAUUAUUGGAAGUGUUAUCUGGACAAAUUCUCCCUCGGGAGAGAGGGGAAAUGCGCUUCCACAAAAUUCAAAAUGUGCAGACGGUGUUAGACUUCCUCCGUCACCUUGGGAUAAAAUUGGUGAAUAUUCGAGCUGAGGAUAUUGUGGAUGGGAAUCCCAAGUUGACGCUUGGACUCGUAAGUUGGUUAUCUGGAAUUGUUUUGUUCUUCUGCUACAAGGAAAAACUUUGA